AGUGAGGGCAGCCCGGCUGCUCGGGGCCCCUCCUGUGCGGCCGUGCAGCCAGGCGUGAAAUGGGCUGAAAAGAAAAGAAAGGAUCAUCCCCCACGGAGGCUGCAGUCCCCGGCACCGCUGCAGAGCAGGGCCAGCGUGCUCAUCCUGCCUUCCUGCCCUUCUCUUUGCUUUCACCGCUUUGCAGCUAUUAUAGGGAAGCUAGCUUUAGGGCACAGAAUGCAGACUCUGGCCUGGGUGGGCAUUGUCAGCCUGUGCUUGGGGGCAACCCUGGCUGUCCCAGCCAAGAAGGAGAGGAAGAAGGUGGAGAAGCCAAAACCUGAUCUUGUACUCUAUGGAAACCUGGAACUGGACAACUACGACAUGACUCUGGACAGCUAUGGGGACGUCAUGGACCUGAACAACUAUGAGGAGCUCUAUGACUAUGGUGACCUGACUCAGAAGAUCGAGGUUGGGACCCUGGCUCCGCGCCCCAAGGUCCAUGGGGCUCUGCCAGAGCUAGGCACUGCAGAUCCAACACCAAAGCUGCAGGCUCCAGUCACCACCAGCCCCAUCCGCCCAGCACCACUGGGACCUGGGACCGUGCAGGGCCUCCCCAGCUGCUCACGCUGCUUCUGCAUCAGAACCUCUGUCUACUGUGAUGACACCGACCUGGAGCACAUUCCUCCACUGCCACCUGACACCACCUACCUCUACGCUCGCUUCAACCGCAUCAGUGCCAUCCGGGCCAGUGAUUUCAUGGGGCUGAAGAAGCUGAAGCGAAUAGACCUGACAAGCAAUUCCAUCUCCUGGGCAGAUGUGGAUGCUUUCCGUCUCCUCCCCAGCCUGCAGGAGCUCAUCCUGCCUGAGAACAGGUUGACGGCUCUUCCUGAGCUGCCCCACAGCAUCGUCAGGCUGGAUGCUCGUCUCAAUAGGAUCCCCAGUGCUGGUCUCCGGCCCGAAGCUUUCCAAGACCUCACACAGCUGCAGUUUCUCCAUCUGUCCGAUAACCAGCUGGACUACAUCCCCGCACCCCUGCCAGAGAGCCUGCGCUCCCUGCACCUCCAGAACAACAACAUCCAGACCAUGCAUGAGGACACGUUCUGCAACAGCCAAGACCAGAGCCACAUCCGCAGGGCGCUGGAGGACAUCCGCCUCGAUGGCAACCCCAUCAACCUCAGCCUCUUCCCCAAUGCCUACUUUUGCCUGCCCCGCCUGCCCACAGGACGCUUCCUCUGAGCCCCAUCAUCAGCCUCUGAUGGGGAGCAUCCCCAGGCCCACUACACUCCACCCACACCUCCUCAUUUCCCACUGUUGCACGGAAAACAUGGGAUUAAGGCAGAUGUGUUCAACCUUAGUGCGAGAUGAGCCUCUGCACAUAGGUGAACUCAGUUCUGGGGGAAACAGAGCUGAGUGUGGGCAACUGUAAUAAAACAAACACUUAAAAAAUG